AUGUCCAGCCAGGGUUCCGCGUCUCAAUCGGCCUCCUUCACCCGUUGUCAUGUCUGCUUCAAACAUAACAGGUCGAGACAUGACGGAACUCUCGUCAAAAACGGUGGAAAAGUGAAGGGUACGGAGUGCUCUUGUUCAUUGAAAAUGCCACCCUCGGUUGCAGGCAGGAAAUCGGUUGGGGGUCGAAUUGGGAAUUUGUCAAUGGCGGGUGUUAAACCGAAAACAAUAAAGACUGCUUUUGGUCAAGUUUUUAUCAACAUGCUGAAAAAUAUAUGUGAUCACCCAUCUGAAUCCACGGUAUGGUUUAAAUUGUUAUUCCUUCCAAAAAUGGUGCUUUAUGAAGAUCCCCGAGGAGGAAGAGGUCGUAAUAUCAGCGUUCAAAUCAACAGUAGGCUCGAUGCUUUUACUAGUGGCCCAUUCGAGGUAAAAGCCAUGAAACCUGUUUUAAAAGAUGAAAGGGGAGGAGGUCGUCAACCAAAAAUUUGUGCCAUGGUUAAAAGCAAAAGUGAAAAAGGAACUUCCGGUGGAAGAGACGACCUAACCCCCCAGCAUCUAAAAGAUAUGGCGCAUGAAAAAACCGAAACCACCGAGCUUAUCAACGCAGUGACUUGUUUCAUAAACCUUUUGCUAAAUGGUGUUUGUCCUCUUGAGGUGGUUCCAUAUAUGUUUGGAUGGACUCAGGCAGUUUUUCCCGUUGGUAUGGAGGGAUUGGGAUUGGGCGUCGAAGCUGAUUUGGCAUCAUCUGCUUUCUUGUCUUCAGCCGCGGCCACGGCGACCCUUCAAACUAAUCUACUGCCGGACGAUGGAGAAUUUGAGGACCAUCUGAGGAUUGAAACUUUUAACCACUGGUGUUUUAUAUAUGGUAACGUAAACAGCAUAGAUUUGCUUGAAGGUGACUUACAAAAUAUUAGGGUAAGUCAUGAUCUAAGCCCUGAACAGCGUGUUGAAUUGAAAUCGCUGUUGGAUAAAGCCAAGUCUAAAAAUGUUGAAGAUAAUGAUUUUUUAUACAAGGUCAGAGGCCCUAUCGGACGGUGGAAAAUAAUCAAGUUUCCCAAAGUAGUCACUGCUCAAUAA